AUGGAGAGGAGAAAUCACACAGUGACCAAGUUCAUCUUACUGGGCUUCACGACAGACCCCAUGAUGCAGUUGGUCCUGUUUGUGGUGUUCCUGGGCGUGUACUCUGUGACGCUGCUGGGAAACAACAUACUCAUCACCCUGAUCUGUAAUGAUUCCCGGCUCCACACACCCAUGUACUUUUUCAUUGGAAAUUUGUCUUUCCUGGACCUUUGGUAUUCCUCAGUCUACACCCCAAAGAUCCGAGUGACCUGCCUCUCUGAGGACAAAAGCAUUUCUUUUGAAGGCUGUGUGACCCAGUUCUUCUUCUCUGCUGGACUGGCCUACAGUGAGUGCUACCUGCUGGCCGCCAUGGCCUAUGACCGCUACAUGGCCAUCGCCAACCCCCUGCUCUAUGCUCAAGCCAUGCCCAGGAGCCUGUGCAUCUGUCUGGUGGUGUUCUCCUAUAUAGGGGGCUUCCUCAAUGCAAUAAUCCUAACCAGCAACACAUUCACUCUGGAUUUCUGCGGAGACAACAUCAUUGAUGACUUUUUCUGUGAUGUACCACCCCUGGUGAAGUUGGCAUGUGAUGUGAGAGACAGCUACCAGUGUGUGUUGUAUUUCCUGCUGGCCUCCAAUGUCAUUGCCCCCACCCUGCUCAUCCUGGCCUCCUACUUCUUCAUCACUGCUGCCAUCUUGAGGAUCUGCUCCACGGAGGGCCGCCUCAAGGCCUUCUCCACAUGUUCCUCCCACCUCGUCUCGGUCACCCUGUACUAUGGCUCCAUCCUCUACAUCUACUCUCGCCCCAGUUCCAGCUACUCCCUUGAAAGAGACAAGAUGGUUUCCACCUUUUAUACAGUGCUAUUCCCCAUGUUGAACCCCAUGAUCUAUAGCCUGAGGAAUAAAGAUGUGAAAGAAGCUCUUAAAAAACUCUUUAACUUAUCACAAGCUAGUGUCUAA